GAAAUAAAGGCUCGCCGAAGGGUGAUCAUCUCGGUUUCGUUGGCGAUGAGGCGGGAGUCGUGGUGUGGAUAAAGGUGCUCUACGCGAUGGCGUCUUGGACCUUUGAGGAUAUUGGAGAAGCGAAGAUGGGUUCCGGUCUUGAGGCGGGAACCAAACUGGCAUUGGCGAUCCUCGAAGACCUUGUGGACGCAAUUCCAAAGCUGGGGAUGCGCGAAAGGUUCGGUUUCAUCGACGGCCACGAAAGUGAGCUGCUGUCGCAGGAUUUUUUUUACGGUCUGCUGCUCUGCGGCUCUCGCGAGGUGCGCGCGAUAAUGGAAAAACUACGCAGGGUCAUCACCCAGGUAAGCAGCGCCGGACCGCUACCGGAGAAGGAGGAAGCCAAUGCCCGUGAAGAGGCUUUCAAGAGAGCAAACCAGGCAUUGCAAGAGUUCGUCGCAGCUGUCGCACACAAGCUGAAGCAAGGGAGCGAAGCUGAGAAAAAGCACAAGCCGAAAGAAAAGAUAGAUGCGCUGAAGACCGCUUUGUCAAAGGCAGUUACCGCCACAAACCGGGGGGCGUCUGGCUGGCGCCAGAUGUUUUCUGGGGAUAAUGGCAUCCAAAAAGCAUUGCGAGCGCUUGCGGGUGUCGUUUCGAAGGCGGUUCCUUCGUAUCACGCAAAAGGCGGGAUUCUCCCGAGCAUCAACAUUUUCAGCGAUCGCGCGUUCCAACGACGCUCACGCUUACAUCUAGAUGUCCUCGUCCUCGAAAAAGAAAAAACCUCCAACAAGAAGAACGCUCCAUCCGGCGGUUCCAAAUCCCCUAAGCUUGCACACAUGGAGGAUGCUGUCGCUUUUUAUCUCCUUGGAUACGAGGACGUGGCGCACAUCAAGAAGAAAAUUGGUCCGGGGGAAAAGCAUGACAGUGGCGCCGCAGCUAUUGUCAAAGCAUGGAAGCAUGUGCAUGAUUGUCUCCAAGGCCACGACGAGCAGCACGCUGGCCAAGAACACAGAGGAGAUGGGCACAGGCCCAGCGAACAACACCAGGACGGCGCGAAGAAUGCGCAACACGAGCAUGCAGGCCUUGUCGCUGCAUGGACAGAGACACUGCGGCCGCUCAUGCAUCAGGCGCACAAGGAAAUCCAUCCUGGCCUUAAGGUCGCACCAGGCGGGACAUUCAAUACAGGCAUCAUUGCAGUAAAUCUAAAAGAGCGAGAACCGGCGACGCUUACCAUCUGGAAAGUGGUAUCAUACACGCUAGAAAAGAUCGUCGAAGCAGUCGCGAAGCGUGCGCAGGAGAAGUCCGUUGUUCGCGAGAAGCUGCCCGCGCGCCUUUCCAUUCACUUUCUACACGGUCUGGUGCUCGCCGGUAUUCCGGAACGCGACAUUGGGAGCGCCAAAAAUUUGGCGAGACUCGCGGGCUCCUUCGAUGAGUUCGUGUAUGACGAGGAUGAUAAGGAUUUCAUGAGAGACGCACGUGACAAGUUGGUUUCGGCCCUGCCGUCGCUCGAUGAGUCGCACGGGCCGCCGCAAAGUCAGCCUGUGCCGGAUACGUUGCCCACAUUACAAGAUGAAAUGUCCUCUUAUUUGUCGGAGCUUGUUCUGGCGCGCGACGUAGAAAACGCACUGCGAUUUGCACUGGACUGGACGUUUGUUUGGCUACCAUGGACAGCGGUCUCAAGCCCAGAAAAACAAGCGCCGGAGUACCUUUCGCACCACCUGGUGUACCAGCUUCACCAAGGGAGGUACUGGCGUUUGGUAUCAAAAUUCGAUGAACCAGACCCAGCCUGGUUAGACGAAGACCGGCUAUUGAGAUACGAAAACUUCCCCGUUAUUGCCUACAACGAACGACAUCUGGUGUACCAUCUGAUUAUGGCGACUUUCGGCGCUAGCAAGAAGGUCGUGCGCAAUUACCUUCACCUGUGCUGGCAUUCUGGA